AUGCUGGAGAGGAAGAUAGAAGGUGGUGUAACAGUGGAGAUGGUGGUGAAAGAAGUGUUCAUUAACACCGAUCCUUUUACAGGGGAGGUGGCUGGUGAACAUGUGGAUUCCAUUGCUACUGCCCUACCUGAAAGCGAGUCGCUGCAAGCCAGCAACCUUGUGGCUCAGGAGUUACAGGCGAUAGCGGAAGUUGCAAAUGUUGAUGAUGUUAUCAAUGCUGGUUUAACAGAAGACGUUAUAUUGGGUAUUGGUGAUACUAGUACAGAGGGCAUGGUGCACUAUGGUGAGGCAGGUGCUUCUAGUGUUGUCUCGGUGGUGACCGUGGAUGAUGUUGCAGAGCUAGUUUCCAGUAGGAGCCCAGCAGUCUCAGCCAUCAGUGAUGACAUGACGAGUGUCAAGAGUAGGCCAGAUGCUGACCACUCCAAUCAAACAACUGGCUACACACUAAGGAACAAUGAAUUUCAGGAGAAAGAGGCAACAGAGGACAAGCAUGUGAAAACAGAGGAGAACAAAACCAUGGAUGACAAGGUGCCUACAAGGAGCAUGUCACCACAGAUCACUCAUGUUUCUAAAUCACCAGUGCCAGACGAUAAGACCAAGAUAGAAGAUGAAGUAACUGUGGAGAUGGUGCUGGAAGAAGUGACAAGUAAUGCUGAGGAUCAUGUUACACGGGAGGUAGUUGCUGUGCAAUUGAACAUUAUUGCUAGUGAAAUUGAAUGGCCGUCAGUGAGUGACCAUGUGGCUCAAGAGUUACAGGCCGUGAGCGAAGCUGCAGUUGUUGACGAGAUCCGAGGAAGUACUGUAAUGGAAGACAUAAAAAAUGAUUUUAGUGACAGAACAACAGAGGCUGUUGAGCACCACAGUGACAGAGGUAGUUUUGUCUCAGGAGUUCUGGAGGUAACCGUGGAUGAUGGUGAGGAUCUAAUUUCGAGUAGGAGCACACCACAUGCCUCAGCCCGUGAUAGCGCCUCAAGUGUCGAGGGUACGCCGGUUUUUGACAACCCACACCAGGAAUACUGUAGCUGA